ACUGCUCAUUCCUAAACGUUAGCUAAGCCGAUGAUCUCCGAUAAGAGAGCAGCGAAUGCCAUGGGAGGCAAGACGGCCAGAGCCUGCGAUGGCUGUUUGCUAAAGCGAGCUCGUUGGUACUGUUCAGACGAUGAUGCCUUCCUUUGCCAAGGCUGUGAUACUUCAGUCCACUCCGCUAAUCAGUUAGCCUGUAGACAUACAAGGGUUAGGCUUGAAACUUCAACUUCUAAGUUCACUGCUUCGGUUACUGCUAAUCAAGAUGAUGAUGCACCAGCAUGGUACCAAGGUUUCACUCGAAAGGCAAGAACCCCAAGGCAAAACAAGUCCAUUUUGGAGAAAGGGGAGGGAAAACUGUUGAAUUUGAACCCUAUUGAUCCUCUUGUUCCUGAUGUUGGUUGUGAAGAUGAGUCGGCCGAUGAGAACGAAGAAGAGCAGCUGAUUUGUAGAGUGCCUGUGUUCGAUCCUUUUUCUGCAGAAUUGUCUGAUAUGGUGUAUGAAAAUGGGAAUUUAAUGGUUCAUGGUUAUCAAGAUGAACGAAAGUGCGAGUUGGAUGAUGGAUUUAUACCAUCAGAUUUGGAUCUUGACCAGUUUCCUGCUGAUGUUGAGAGCUUACUAGGAGUUGAAUUGUUAGACUGCAAAGAGGAAGAUGAAAGUAAUUUUUUCCAUGAAAGCAGAAAAAUGGAAGUUAAAGAAGAAAAGGGUAUUAAAGCAGCUUGUUGCUUUGAUUCAGAUUUUGAUGUAACAAGAGCAUCGCUAGACUGGAGCUUCGGUUACGAGUCACCGACGACCGUUGACCACCACGAGGAAGAGAAGGUGGUUCCAGCGGCGGAGACACCGCUAACAGAUGGUGAAAGUAAGACAGAAAUGAAGAGGAACAUGCUACUGAGUCUGAAUUAUGAGUCUGUCAUCACUGCAUGGGCCAGCCAAGGCUCUCCCUGGACAUCAGGAAGCACACCCCAAUUCAACCUUGAUGAUUUCAUGGGGUCGAAGAAUACCAAAGAGAGCACAGGAGGAAUAUGCAGGCUUGGAAAAAGAAAUAUUACAGACGGUGAAAGAGAGGCAAGGGUAUCAAGGUACAGAGAGAAACGAAGUAGGAGACUGUUUUCGAAGAAGAUAAGGUACCAAGUGAGGAAGUUGAAUGCGGAGAAAAGGCCUAGAAUCAAAGGCAGGUUCGUUAAGAGAGCUUCCUUUAUCGGUCGGGAUUGCUUUUCAUACUGUACCAGUUAAAUUCAUGGAUAAACAAAGCUGCCAAAUCUUGAUAUUUGUUUCUUUGCAAGAAUUGGCAGGAGCAGUAGCCAAU